AUGACGUGUGACAUCGCACGGCAGCAGCAACCAGGCGUGACAUCACCCCCAGUGAUCCCACCGACCAGGCAUGACAUCACAGCCUGGAGCCAUGUGGCGCAGCGGCGGGGUGAGGUGCCGGUGACACCGGGGGACACGCGGCUCUUCCUCCGCGCCAUCGAGGGUGCCGGCGUCGGCUUUGAGUACGCCAUGUUUCUCAACGCCGCCGAGUGCAGCCUGCUCUGCCUCUUCCAGCCCGGCCCCUACCUGGAGGAACACCCCGGCCUGACCCACGGCGGUGCCAUCACUGCCAUCAUCGACGGCACGCUGGGGACCUGCGCCCUGGCGGUAGCUGGGAAGGUGAUGACAGCCAACCUCAGCAUCGACUACCUGGCAUGAGUCCCCGUCCCACUGGGUGCCGCGGUGCUGCUGGACGGCCGUGCCGAGCGGCUGGAGGGGCGCAAGGUUUUCCUCUCCUGCCACGUCCAGAGCGCCGAGGGGGACACGCUGCAUGCCCGGGCCACCUGUGAGGACAGGGACACCCCUGAGGACACCCCGGGGGUGGGUCUCUCCAUCUGGCUGGACCCCACUGAGCACCGGACACGGGAGGAGGACAGUGGCCGGUAG